GUAUCAAUACGGAUCUCGUUUAAAACGAAGCAAUAGUUUAGUGUAAUAGUUUCUCUCCAACAGCUCAACAAUGCGCAUGUUUGUUUUUCCUUGUCUCGCCUUGUGCGUGGCAAUGGUCAGCUGUGCUGAAGAAGUUGCCUCUGCCGCUGCCAAAGAAAGCAAAGACGAAAAAGUCGUAGAAAAGCGUGGUCUAUAUUUGGGUGAUUACGGUGGCCAUCAAUAUGGUCACCAUCAUGAACACAUUAAGACGGUUACCAUCGAAAAGAAGGUUCCUGUACCCUACACCGUUGUCAAACACAUUCCUUACACUGUGGAAAAGAAGGUGCCCUAUGAAGUAAAGGUCCCUGUACCAGAACCCUAUAUUGUGGAGAAGAAGGUACCCGUUCACGUUAAGGAAUACGUUAAGGUUCCAGUACACAAACCUGUACCCUAUACCGUCGAAAAGAAGGUACCCUAUGAAGUGAAGUACCCUGUCGACAAGCCUUAUGAGGUUAAGGUUCAUGUGCCACAACCCUACGAAGUCAUCAAGAAAGUACCCUAUGAAGUAAAGGUUCCCGUACCACAACCCUACGAAGUCAUCAAGAAAGUACCCUAUGAGGUUAAGGUUGAAGUACCCGUACCCAAACCCUAUGAAGUCAUCAAGAAAGUACCCUAUGAAGUGAAGGUACCCGUAGAGAAACCCUAUCCCGUCGAAGUACCCAAACCCUACCCCGUUGAGGUUGAGAAACCCUAUGAAGUCAUUGUGGAGAAAAAGGUGCCAUACGAAGUCAAAGUACCCGUAGACAAGCCAUACAAGGUGGAGGUUGAGAAACCAUAUCCCGUACAUGUCAAGGUACCUGUUCCCCAACCCUACACCGUUGAAAAGAAGGUCCACUAUACUGUAGAGAAACCAGUGCCCUAUGAAGUUAAGGUUCCCAUUGAGAAACCAUAUCCCGUCUAUUCUGAGGUCAAGGUUCCUCUGCACAAGGAAAUUCCCAUACCCGAGAAAUACCAUGUCGAAGUGCCCGUUUUCGAGAAGCACGAACAUGGUGGACACUACUCCCACUACUCUCAUCACUAA